AUGGCGGAUUCAGUUGCCCAGACCGUCCAUGGCUAUGACCAUGAUAACUUACGCCAUGUAGUUAUCACUUCAACUUGCUUUGCCUUCAUCUUAUCUACUACCGCAGUCGGAUUUAGGAUUAUCUCUCGAAUGAUUAACGGGAGUGGUCUUUUUCUAGAUGACUGGCUUAUUAUUAUUGCGUUGAUCUUCGAAUAUGGUAUAUCGAUAGCAGGAGUUGUGUUACUGUACAAUGGGCUUGGAACACAUAUUGUCGAGCUCUCCCCUGAACAGAUCGUUGUCUAUCUGAAGACACUAUUUACAGGCUCGAUCCUCUACACCAGCUGCAUUGCAAGCAUCAAGCUAUCCAUCCUGAUGCUCUACCGCAGACUUUUCCCUGUUAAGACCAUGAAAUAUGCCGUCAAUGUUGUAUCUCUAAUUGUGAUUCUAUGGGCUGCAUGCGGUGUUCUUGCAGGCUGCUUCACUUGCAUCCCAACCGAGAAACUGUGGCACCCCAUGCUUGAAGGUGGUUGCAUGGAUCUCUCCAAGUUCUACUACGGUCUUCAGGUUCCUAAUAUUGCGACGGACGCAAUAAUCCUCCUGAUGCCCAUGCACAUAGUAUGGAGACUUCCCAUCUCUAAGACUCAGAAGCUGGGUCUUUCUGGGAUUUUUAUUUUGGGAUUUUUGACUUUAAUAUUCGAUAUCAUUCGUCUGGUUGUUCUGAUCCAGCUUUCUACCCAGGGCGAGGAUAUUACAUAUAAUCAAGUCCCAGCAAGCGUGUGGACAUGUAUCGAACCCGCUGUCGGAAUUGUCGCAGCCUGUCUGUCAAAUAUGAGACCUUUGUUCAAGGUGCUGCACACCAAGGUCUGGUCUAGGCUUUCCAGCCAAUAUGCCACCAAUACGAGCAGUACCGGCGAGUCACAUAUCAAGAAGAAGAACGGUUGGCCGCGCCAGACACCUAGCCCCACUGGUGAUGGGGGUAAUUCUCCUAGUCCCAGUGGUGAUUUGAAGCAGUCGCCGACCCAUACCCAAUCUGCUGUGUAA